AUGGACAACGAUCUGGACAUCAAUAGUCUGCCGUCAGACACCCAGAAUCAAUUGAAGCAACUGGAGCAGGAGCUGGCUGACGGUGACUUAACCGAGAAGGGUUUUGAGAAGAAGAGAAGAGAGCUUUUGGCUACAUACUGGGAAACGGCUGCUGAUACGGCUGCUCUACCACAAAUAGAGGUUGCUGGCCCGUCAACAAGGCAGUCGAUACCUCUCUCUUACAAUCUUGCUCCAUCAGUACAACCGUCUUAUAAGCCAUACCAUCUAUCUCAUUCGGGGUCACUCCCAGUCAUUUCAAAUAAUACACCUAACGUCUUAAUAAGUAGAUCAGGAAGUCCAGAUGUUGACAGACUUCGGGUGCGUGAUCACGGUUUAAGUUUGGAUGCUUAUACAUCACCAUCGGUCGAGUACACAACACCGUUAACACAAUACUACCGGCCUCAGCAUGACGGUUAUGCGUCGCGCUCGUCUUCACCACAACCCCCACCACAACCCCCCCCUUUUGUCUCUCCAAUGGGAUCACCUCAUCGAUAUAACCUCCUGCCGCCGCAAGGAACUUCCUCGCAUGGUUUUCAAUAUCAACCAGUCCAGGGUAUCCAGGGUAGACCUCCACACAUUGUUCAAGUUGAUGUACAGACUGAUCCUUCCAAUGAUUAUAUAGCUACUGGAAGAAUAGCAGAUAGAUCAAAUCCUCUUUAUAGAAUCAAGACCAACCAAAAGGAUUAUCGUGGUCGAGAUUCAAUCAUGUCGGACACUUCGAGCGUACAUACUAAUGGCGCCACUGAUGGUGAAUUUUUGGCGAGAUAUCACGACGACAACGUAUCCAUUCGAUCUGCUCGAUCCAGCAUUGUAGCACCUUCAUAUAUCGGUCCAAAAAUAGACGGUUACAGCGCAACAAAUGAGAAAAUCGGAAGAGGACUUUCGCAUCGUGGUUCACUAUAUCACAAGCGACAAAGACGAUUUUCACAAGUUUCAUUGCCUUCAUUGCCUCCAUCACCUGAUGCACCGAUAUAUGACCCAGAACUUUCAAAACUUGCCGGACUACAAUUUAUGCCAUUCGAACCACGUGGAGUGCCAUUUAAAAUAUGUGACCCACUUGAUCCAACAAAGCCAAUGUUAUCAUUUCCGAACAUUGCUUAUGUCUUAAGGUAUCGUGCAUUGACGACACCAAAAAGGACAGCCUUUGUGUUGGUGGAUCAGAAGGGGAAAGAGAUUGUUGCGUGGUCAUGGGAGAAAAUAUUUGCACGUGCAGAGAAAUUAGCAAUGACUUUAAAUAAAGUAAUCGGACAGAGGGAGAAAGAUCGCGUAGCACUUAUUUAUCGUAAAUCAGAAAUAAUGGAUUUUAUCGUAGCUCUUUAUAGCUGUUUCAUUGCUGGAAAAGUAGCUGUACCUAUUAAUGCAGCAGAACAAUUUGAAGAGUUGACUUAUAUACUCGACAAUACUCAAUGUCGAUUAGCAUUAACAACUGAUCACAAUCUUAAAGUAUUUGUAAGAGAUUUGGCCGCUCAGAAAAAGGAAUUACCCAGUCGUGUCGAAUGGUUGAAGACAAACGAUAUUGGAGGUUAUUACCCUAAGAAAAGGGAAGAUCAUAUGCACAUUAGCAAUGCAGAGUGGGCAUACAUUGAAUUUACAAAGAGUCCAAGCGGCGAGCUCAAAGGAGUCGUCAUUAAUCACAAGACAAUAAUGCAACAGUGUCUGGUAAUGAGAGGAGCAAUAGUUGAAAAGGAAUUUCAAGCUAACAUGGAAACCGUUGCGGAUCCCUUAGCCUAUGCAGGAAACAAACAGUCAGAUGUGAUGUUAACUUAUUUAGAUCCACGACAACAAGUUGGUUUAAUAUUAGGCGCAUUAUGGGGAGUUUAUUGUGGGAACAUGACGGUUUUCCUUGGGAGUCUUGCUCCAGAUACGCCUGGACUAUGGGUUAAUUGUGUCUCUAGAUAUAAAGUCACCAUUGCUUUGGCCGAUUAUCCAGGUCUUCAACCUGUCGUUUCGUCUUUCAAGAAUGAUCCAGCUUCGACUGUAAAUUUUUCAAAGAAAUAUCCAGCAGACUUGUCGUCUUUAAGACUGCUUCUUGUUGAUACUUUGACUAUUGACGUUGAUAAGAAUGAUGAGAUUGUUGACCGUCUUCUUAAACCUCUUGGUAUCCAAUAUCCUCGAGACGUUCUUACUCCUCUAAAUAGCUUAUCUGAAUACGGGGGAAUGAUCUUGUGUUUCGGAGAUUUAAUUGGUGUGGAAGGUUUGGACGAACGUUUGCGAGGCCAAAGACAUACCCGAGAAUUUUUGCUUGAUCGCGAAGCAUUAAGAAACAACAAGGUUGUAGUGGUCGCUUCAGGAGAUGCCGUUCUUGCGAGAAGGAAUGAGAAGGGGCUGAUUCGAGUUGGAGCAUUUGGUUUUGUCAUGCCAGAAGCAACUAUUGCCAUUGUUGACCCCGAGACAUCAGCUUUUUGUCUCCCAAAUACCGUAGGAGAAAUUUGGGUUGACUCUCCUUGUCUGAGUGGCGGUUUCUGGCAACUUCGGCAAGAUAAUGAGUUGAUCUUUCAUGCAAGACCUCUGUUGGUUCCUGCGAUGACCAAAAUGCCCGAGCUAUUCGAACAAAAAUUUUUGAGAUCUGGUCUUCUGGGGACACUCAUUGAAGGACAGUUGGUUGGAUUCGGCCUUUACGAGGAUCGUAUUAGACAGCUUGCCGAAGAACCAAAGUCUGAUUCCGAUGGAUCUUAUCCGGCUACUGAAGUUUGGAACUUUUUUUUCACAAAGGACUUGCAAAAUAUUGUCAUGACCUCUGUUGGGAUACGUGAAUGUGUGGCUACCGAAAUUUAUGUGAACGAUGAGCAUCUUCCUGUGCUGAUUGCUGAAUCAUCGCUAGAGAAGGGAGCAUUACCCGCUCUUGCUGAUCAAAUAAUAAACACUUUGUAUGUGCAUCAAGGGCUCAGGUUAUAUUGUUGUAUGAUCUGUCCAGUAGACUCACUACCAAGAACGUGGAGAAAUGGAAAGAAAUUAGUGAAUCCAUUGCUUUGCAGAAAAGGAUUAGAAGAAGGAAGGUUGAAAGUUUCGUAUCUCAAGUUUAAUUUAGAGAGAUCCAUAAAGAACAUCCCCAUGGGAGAAGAUACUGUCGGAGGAAUUUGGAGUGAGAAGGCUACUAGCUCUAGACAAGUGGUAAAUUAUGGUCCAGCACCAAGACGACAUCAAUUUACCGGUAUCGAGAAUCCUGUGAGAAUUGCAGAUGAUAAAACUCAAGUGGAUUUACUAAAAUUCUCGGACAUUGUUAGCAUCCUCAUGUGGCGUACACAAUUGGCACCAGAUGAAGCAGCUUAUAUAACGGUCGAUAGUCGCAGCCGUGAAGGGAAGGCAGUAUCUUGGAAAAAAUUUAACGCCAAGAUUGUUACUAUUGCCGCUCAUUUACUAAAGAAAGGCUGUAAUCAAGGCACACAUGUGCUAGUUCUCCUUCCGCAUGGACUCGAACUUGUAGCUACGGUAUAUGCGUGCAUGGUUCUUGGAGUGAUUGUAAUACCAUUGGCACCUCCAGACGUCAGUCGCGCUGCAGAAGACGUCAUGGCUUUAUUAAGUCUUGUUAACGACUUUAACAUCAAUUGGGUUUUGGUUAAUAAUGAUAGCGAGAAUUUACUGAGAAGUAAAAAUAUCCAAGCGUGUCUGAAGAAUGCUGCAAGAAAUGGUGUAAAACUACCUCCGCCGGUCAAUGUAUCAAAGGCUCCCAAAUUGACAAAGACUUUGAAAGAGGCUCAUCUAGCGAUACGCCCCGAAUGGUGCAAAUCUGCACGCCCCGCUGUAGUCAUGUGUUAUCUCUCAGAUGAUAUGAGGAUAUCUAGAGUUGGUCUUGGUCAUGAUACGCUAAUGUCACUAUGUCAAAUCCAGAAACAGACAUGUAAUAUGACCAGUGCAAGGGCCGUCGUCAGUUGUGACAAAUGUUACACAGGCAUUGGUUUUGUCCACACUUUUCUCUUGGGGGUUUUCAUGGGGUCUCCAACCGUUUUAAUAUCGCCCCAAGAAUACUCUUCGAAUCCAGCGAUUUGGCUUGAAUGUCUGAGUCGAUUCAAAAUCAAAGACACUUAUGCCACCAUAACCAUGCUGGAACAACUUUUAUCAUUCUCCGAGACGACGGAACUCAGGAACCUUUCACUUGGACCUCUGAAGAAUCUAAUGAUUCCUAUUUGCGGACGGCCCAAGUCACCCAGGUGUUCAAUCGACAAUCGACCUGUACCUACAAUCUAUGAAAGGGUUGUGAAGGCCUUCAUCGCUCAAAAAUUGGAUUAUGUGGCUGUCAACUAUGUUUACAGUCAUGUGAUCAACCCAAUUGUGACGACCCGAUCAUAUAUGUGUGUAGAGCCAGUUGAGUUGUAUUUAGACCUGAAAAGUCUCCGGCGUGGUAUCGUAAAAGUCAUAAGUCCUGCUGAUGAACCGAACGGUGUACUCCUUCAUGAUUCGGGGAUGGUUCCUACUGCUACACAAGUUGUCAUCGUACAUCCGGAAACUCGUCGUCCAUGUCUUAGCAACGAGUUUGGUGAGAUAUGGAUCUCUUCGGAAGCAAACGGCAAAUCUUUUUAUGGUUCCUCCGACCCACUAGAUAAAGAUCGUCUCUCGGCGGUUGUGGAAGGUGGCGAUCCACGACGGACAUAUGUUCGAACAGGCGACUUGGGAUUUUUAUAUAUAAUACAUAAACCUGUUGGGGAUGGAGGAGCUUUGGUAGAAUUUCAAUGUCUCUAUAUUCUAGGACCUAUUGCAGAAACUUUUGAGGUGCUAGGAUUGAUACACUUCCCUGCGGACGUAGAGUUUAGCGUUGAACGUUGUCUUGUUCAGCGAUGCUAUCAAUCAGCGGCACGUGAUAACUGUGUAAUAUUCCAAGCAAAUGGGGAAACUGUAUGUAUUGUCGCGGUGCAUCCUCCCGAGAUAGCAUUAUCCAUUGUUCCAGUCAUCGUAGGUACCAUACUGGAGGAACACGGAUUCACAAUAGAUAUAGUCGGUUUCGUUGCAAAAGACAGCAUGCUUAAAUCACGGUUUGGGGACAAGCAAAGACUCAAAAUUUGCGCAGCGUGGCUCAACAAGUCUCUUCCUGUGAUUUGCGUUCAUCAAGUCAAGAAUAACGUUACAUCCAAGUUAACAACCGAAAAUCCUCCAACCACAUCUCCACCCAACAACGUCAUACCAACAAGAAUUUCGGUUGUCCCCGAGGCGGAGCCAACUCCCUCGCAAUUCGAUACAGUAACACCGUCGGAUAUAUUAACGGAAGUUGCUAAUGAAAAUGAAGAUAUUUACGCAACAAAUCAGGAAGUUUACACUACGAAUCAUGAGGAAGUCUAUACUACGAACCACGAGGAAAUCGAUACUGCAAACCAAGAGAAUGUCAACCAAUUCAAUGCCAACGAACAACUAUCAAACUCAUUUGACUUUUCGACUUUCCAAGAAGCGUUACCGCAAGUGCCUAUUGUUACAUUCGACGGUGCAGAUAGUUUAGAGUAG